AUGGAUUGGUCAGGUAUCACUGAAUUUAAUGAUUGCAUUCGAGAUGCCGAGUUAACUAACCUUAGAUACUCUGGUCUUUUAUAUACUAGGACUAAUAAGAGCCCUGGGGUUGCCAAUGUGACUAGGAAGCUUGAUAGAGUCCUUGUCAAUGAUAAAUGGAAUGCUACUCUCCCUCUGAAACCAAAGAGGAACCUUCCUUUCAAGUUCUUCCACUGCCUUGCUGAUCACAAAGAUUUUGAAACUACUGUGGCUACUGUUUGGUCUAAACACAUUAAUGGUACCAAGAUGUUUCAAGUUACUAUGAAACUCAAAAUGCUCAAACACCAGUUGAAGCAACUCAACACCAAGAAGUUUAGUGAUAUUUCUAAGAGGGUCAUUGAUGCCAAAAUGGCCCUUGAUAACUGCCAGAUUAGGUUGGAUAAUGAUCCUACUAAUGAUGAGCUGAGGAAGACUCAGAAGUUUCUUCUCCAAUGCUACCAGAAUUUCUCCAAAGCUGAGGAACAUUUUUACCAUCAAAAGGCUAGAGUGAAUUGGUUGAAGGAUGGUGAUCAAAACACCAUGUACUUUAUGAAGACCUUUAAUAGAAAGUGUAACAGGAAGAGGAUAACCACUAUGACUCUACCUAAUGGGGAGGUUUCUGAAUCUAUUCCUGAUAUUAAGGCUGAAGCUAUCAACCAUUUCAGCAAUAUUCUUGGCAGUCAUCCUACUCAUAUCCCUGAUAUGGAUUCUCUCACUUCUUUGAUCAAUAAGUCCAUUCCAAGUUCUUGCUUUGAUUCUCUGUGUGCUAUUCCAACCAUGGAAGAGGUUAGAGAUUAUAUUUUCUCCUUGAAAUUAAAACUCUUAAGUCCCCCGGACCUGAUGGAUAUGGUGCUUUUCUUCUUCAAGAAGGCUUGUCAUAUUGUGGGUGAGGAUUGGGGAUAA